AUGCAACGGGAAAAGAAAAUUGCACUGGUGCUAGUGGUGUUGUACUCUCUUGCACUUUUUGGUGGAGCGUGUUUGGCGUGGAGGUUUAUCCACAACACGAGGGUGACAUACAGGCCGCCAAAAGGGACGCUAGUGUACCAUACGAACAAUGAUGUGGCGAAGUACUUUCCCAACCAGUUGUCGGUGAAUCCAAUGUUCUUCUUGGUGACAUCACACAAUUCAUCACAAAGUAUCGUUGAGAAUCCACACUUCGAAGCCUUCAGUUAUUUCUUCCAGCAACAGACCGCGAACAAAGGCGGUCCGAUAUAUGGAAUUGUCAACAAUGUGCUUGGUUACUUCCUUGUACCUGAUGCUGAUGGCAUGCGCUCCAGAUUUGUUGGCGGUGACCACAACCAGUCGAGUGUACUCGAGUUGAGUAUAGCUCCCGAGUUAAAGACAGAUCUUGUCCUCCCUGUUAUCACGUCUCUUGUUGAUGCGUGGUGUGAGGAGAGCGGGGCGGACUUCCUGCGUGAGUACACCAGCAUAGAGUUGUUGUCUGACGAUGCGCGUGACGGUAUUGUAAGUGAUUUGAUGCGUGUUGACGUUAUUUCUCUUCCGCUAGCCUUUCUUGUGCUGAGUUACUGCAUGGGAUCGGUGCGGCCGCUGUUAGUGCCGGCUUUCUCACUCCCGUGUACAGUGGUGAUUGCGUUCAGCAUUAUGUAUCCCAUCUCCUUCGCCGUGGAUGUGUCAUCGUUUGCGCCGGAGCUCACCCUUGGCGUUACUGCGGCCAUCUGUGUCGACUAUUCCCUUUUUAUUCUCACGCGGUUUCGCGAGCAGGUACGACAGCAGGAGUUUCUCCAUGGCCGAAGUGCAGAGACAGAGUGGAUUGUCGUGAGGAACACCGCACGUCUCUCUGCUCACAACAUUGUUGUUUCAGGUUUCACCAUCGCCGUAGCCGUCGGGAGCUUGUCAUUCUUGCCCGUGGCGUUUCUUUCAACGAUCGGGUUGACGAUGUCUGUGGCGGUUAUUUGUGCCGUUCUUGUGAGUCUUACAGCGCAGCCGGCUCUCCUGUUACUAUUUUACAAUUUUUUUGCACGACCGCCAACUUGGCGAGAGCUGUGGGAUACAUUGCUGCGCUACUGCAGAUGUUUCUGCUGCUGCGGCUGCUGCAGACGUGGCUCCCCCAGUGAUAUUUCCUCUUCGAUGGGGGAAGAGUUGCUGAGCGAGCCGGUUGAUGCUCUCUCACAGACGACUGGGUCCUUUGAGGCAGAGGAACACAAGCGACAGGUAUCAUCUGUGUGGUUCCGUAUCGGCUUGUUCUCUUUUCACCAUCCACUAAUUGCGAUUAUGGGCGUUCUCGUGUUUGGUGCGCCGUUCUUUUACUUCGCGACUCAACUGCGGGUGGACUUUGACGUGUUCACGCAGAUUCCGCGGGGGAGCGUACACGGAGAGAUUCUGAACCGGAUACAAAGGGAUGUGGGUAAUGGAGCGGCGAUCCCUUUUUAUAUUCUCUUCGUCGUACGCGGGACCUAUGACAUCUCAUUUUGGAAGACGGACGAAAUGACAAAUGUGAUGAAGGAUGUCAUUGAGGCCAUAGUCGCGCGGACAGGGCAGACGUACGAUGCCAUCAUCUCGCCGAACAUGGUGCGGAAUUCGACCAGCGGUGAGCUCAUCUGGCUGAAGGCGUGGGAGUCAUUUCUAUUAUACGCCACCAACGAGGACUAUCAAUACCUUGUAAACCGAACGGUCUCUGCAUUGGAGGGGAGGGCAGCCUACAUAAUUGUCACACCACCAACAAACCCAUUUGGGCCAUCCGCUAAUCGAUAUCUUAAUACGAUUCGCGAUGUUCUUAGGGAGCAUGCUUCGGAGAACAUCUUCUUUGACUACGGAAUUACCGGUGCAAGCAGUUCUUCAUGGGCAAUUAUAGUAAAAUCAAUGGAGCUCUUCCCCAUGCAAAUUGGUGUGACAUUUGGUGCGAUCUUUCUGUUCAUACUGAUUGUGUUCCGCUCUCUGGUGCUGCCUUUUCGUAUGAUCUUUACCGUCGUAUACACAAUUGGAUUCUCAUACGGUGUUGGCGUCAUUGUGUUUCAAUACACAUGGCUGCACAAGGUAUGGGGAGCAUUGGACCACGUGGAGAGUUACUGUUUUCUGAUCCCCAUCUUUGCAUUUUUGCUUCUUUCUGCACUGGCGCUGGACUACGAUGUCUUUCUCAUGACUCGCGUGAUUGAGUUCAAAACGAAAGGCUACACGAACGAGGCCGCUAUCGCCAAGGCGGUGUGGAAAACAGGCCCUGUGAUUUCCUUCGCCGGGAUCAUUAUGUUCGUGACGAUUGGGUCGCUGGUGUUUUCAUCCAUUAUGAUGUUAGCGCAGUUUGCUGUGGUUUCUGGUGUGGCUGUUCUGCUCGAUACCUUCGUGAUUCGGCCUUUGUUUGUUCCGGCGUUGCUGAGCAUCGUCCCGGAGAAGUGGCUGUGGUGGCCGCGCCGCUUCCCCGAGUUGGGCUGUGGUGUGGAUGUCAUGUGCAUGGACCCCAACAGCACGCUUGGGCACACCGUGCAAGAAGAAGAGAAUCUGCCUGCCUCAUUGCAUGCUUACGAGGCUUGGAGGGCGGACUCUCUAGCGAAACACAAAGUGUAG